UUUCUUUUUGGCAGCCACGCAGCGACACCAGCAGCCCUGCGUUGAUUGAGUUGAUCCCUGGCCAGUGGUUGUUGCCGCACUGCCAGCCCUUUUACUUUUCCAGCGGGAGGUCCCAACACCGCCCGGUGCUCGUGCGCGCUCGCGUGACGCAAACACGUCGCUGCGGCUCAACGCGAUGGCCGACGGUGGAGUCUCCAGACCUGCCCAGGGAGGGACGGACCAAAGUCACUGAAGAACACUCUCCGACCGUUACACACAGUUACCGCUGCACCGCUGACCCGCCGCCGCCGCCGCCGGGCCACCUGUCGCUGUGCGGUCCCGCCUGUGGAGUAGUUAGUAUGCGGGACAGGACGGAAUCAGCCCGGAGCGCACCAGAAGUGGAGUAAAGAGUGGAGCAGAAAGAGAGAGUGAGUGAGAGAGUGAGUGAGAGAGUGAGAGAGUGAGCGGCUCCGUCUGACGCACCGCAUGUUCAAACAGCAACUUGACUGUCGGAAGGAAAAAAGUCGCGUCGACUGGGAACCAGGAACGAACAGCCGCGCACGGAUUUAACAGACGGCUGGAAGUGGAGCACUUGUUCCGGGGGAAAAAAUGAAGUUCGCGGAGCAUCUCAGCUCCCACAUCACUCCUGAGUGGAGGAAACAGUAUUUACUGUACGAGGCAUUCAAGGAAAUGCUGUAUGCUGCCCAGGACCAGGCUCCGUCCGUCGAAGUUACAGAUGAAGACACAGUGAAGAGAUACUACGCCAAGUUCGAGGAGAGGUUUUUCCAAACCUGUGAGAAGGAGCUGCUGAAAAUCAACACGUUCUAUUCAGAAAAACUUGCGGAAGCGCAGAGACGUUUUGCCACGCUGCAGAACGAGCUGCAGUCGUCGCUGGACGCCCAGCGCGAGAACAACGUGCCGCCCGGUCUGAGAAAACGCAAGACGGUGUUCCAUCUGUCGCAGGAGGAGCGCUGCAAACACCACAACAUCAAGGACCUGAAGUUGGCCUUCAGCGAGUUCUACCUCAGCCUCAUCCUGCUGCAGAACUACCAGAACUUGAACUUCACUGGUUUUCGUAAGAUCCUGAAGAAACAUGACAAGAUCCUGGACACGCCUCGUGGAGCCGACUGGCGUGUGGCCCACGUGGAGGUGGCACCGUUCUACACCUGCAAGAAGAUCACGCAGCUCAUCUCCGAGACUGAGACCAUGGUGACAUCAGAGCUGGAGGGAGGAGACCGUCAGAGGGCCAUGAAGAGGCUGAGAGUUCCUCCUCUGGGAGCAGCUCAGCCUGCGUUGGCCUGGACAACCUUCCGCGUCGGCCUCUUCUGCGGCUUCUUCAUCAUCCUCGCCAUCGCGUUUGUUCUGACCGGCGCCGUCUUCAUACGUUUUGAAAACGUGUGGCCUCUGGUGAGGAUCUAUCGCGGUGGCUUCCUGUUGAUCCAGUUCCUCUUCCUGUUGGGCAUUAACACGUACGGAUGGAGACAGGCGGGAGUCAACCAUGUUCUCAUCUUUGAGAUCAACCCUCGGAACAACCUGUCACACCAACACCUGUUUGAGAUCGCUGGUUUCCUGGGAGUCUUGUGGUGUCUCAGCAUCCUCUCCUGUCUCUACUCGGAGUACACCCACAUCCCCAUGCAGAUCAACCCGCUCAUCCUGUACGGCUUCAUGGUUCUCUUCCUCAUCAACCCCUUCAAGACCUGCUACUACAAGUCACGAUUCUGGCUCCUCAAACUGCUGUUCCGGGUUUUCACGGCUCCGUUCCACAGAGUGGAGUUUGCCGACUUCUGGUUGGCCGAUCAGCUCAACUCCCUGGUGUUUGUCCUGAUGGACCUGGAGUAUCUCAUCUGUUUCUACAUCUUUGAGCUGCAGUGGGGCAACAGCAGAGGCCUGCUGCCCGUUUCUAAAGAUGCCGGAGCGUUCGUCUGCCACAGCUACUCGUACGGACUUCGUGCCAUCAUCCAGUGCAUGCCCGCCUGGAUCCGCUUCAUCCAGUGUCUGAGGCGUUACCGCGACUCAAAGAGGGCCUUCCCUCACCUGGUGAACGCUGGGAAAUAUUCCACCACCUUCUUUGUCGUCACCUUCGCGGCGCUGUACGCCACGCACAGAGAACAAGGGCACACCGACGCCGACACGUUCUUCUACAUGCUGAUCGUGUUCUCCAUCAUCAGUUCUCUGUACACACUGAUCUGGGACCUGCGUAUGGACUGGGGCCUGUUUGACCGUGGAGCUGGAGAAAACACCUUCCUGAGGGAAGAAAUCGUUUACCCACACAAGGCGUAUUACUACUGCGCCAUCCUGGAGGACGUCAUCCUGCGUUUCGCCUGGACCAUCCAGCUCUCUCUGGUCACCAUGACCAAGAUCCACUCUGUCGGCGACAUCGUAGCCACCGUGCUGGCUCCUCUGGAGGUCUUCAGGCGUUUCGUGUGGAACUUCUUCCGUCUGGAGAACGAACACCUGAACAACUGCGGUGAGUUCCGGGCCGUCAGGGACAUCUCUGUGGCUCCGCUCAACGCCGACGCCCAGACGCUGCGGGAGCAGAUGAUGGACCAGGAGGACGGCGUCCGCAACCGCUCGGGCAAAAAGACCUGGAAGAGAUCCCACAGCCUGUCACUCCGGCGCCCCCUACUGUCCACAUCACAAUCGAAAAAGGACACGAAGGUGCUUAUUGAAGACACGGAUGACGAGGCCUUCAGCUGAGCCCCCCCCCCAUCUUUAACACACACACACACGUAUACACACACACCCAGUUCUAUACUUAUACAGACCUCAGUCACCGACUCUCAGCCUUAACAUUCACUCCUGCAGUUGUAAUAAUUAACCUCUGUGUAAACCUUUAACUCAGCAAAGACUGCCAACCUGAAGGUGGUCUGUAUAAGUAUAGCACACACACACACACACACACACACACACCUACUAAAGCACAAACACAGUGUCAUUGUGAGGUGAAGGACAGACGUCACGGUGAAGAUCAACCUCCUCUCAGACCUUUCUGAAAGUGCUGUUUAUCUUGGGACUUUUUUCUUUCUUUUAAAUUUGCCUUAUAUAUAUAUAUAUGUUUUUUUUUCUGGGCUACACACGACUGUUUGCACACACGCACUGUAACUCCAACACCAGGAUCAACGGGGAGACGACGGAGUCAAUCAGACCUGAUCGUGAACCGGACACAGCAUAUCAAAAAACCAAUCCACUGGUUCCACCGCGUUGGUUCUUUUUUAUAUUCCACCCGUUUCUUCUUCUUCUUCUUUUUCUGCCGGUUGUUUUUACCUCAACAAUCACUCAGUCUUUGCAGAGGCACUUGCAGGAAAAGUGCAUUUUAAUUCACAAAACAAGAGGAAAAGUUUGGAUUCAAACCUUUCCAGUCUGUGAAGUUACUUUGUAACAUAAAUAUUUAAUAUCUUGGAUGUGCAUUAUUAUUAUUAUUAUAAUUAUUAUUACUACUCUGUUGUAGUCGCUCAGUACUUCUACAUGUGUUGUUUAUACUAGUCAGACUAGUACAAUGAUGAUUCUUAAUGUAUUUUAUAACGUUUGGAAUGUUUUCUCUUGGUUAAAACUGUGCCAAACUUUUAAUAAGUCUCGUGUCAGAAACCCCUUCGUCCCCGACUUUGAAAAAAUUUGAUCAAAAACGUUUGUGGCAUCACGUGGUUUCUUGAAGGGCCCUGGUAGCUUCAGUCUGUUCGAUGUGCAUCUUUGCGAUUAACUACCAAAGCCUGGUUUUUAUGAAUGUGUUUUUGUAGCAGUGGCAGCUUCGUCCGCUGAGCCCCGUCCACGUGAGUCAAACGUAACAAACCCAAACGCCUGCAGGGUUUUUCUGUGUCCGUUCAGGCUGUUGUAACAGGCAGCCGUUUCCUCCUGUAGGGACUGUUUGAACUAGUGUAGUAUUUCUGUCAGUGUAGUACUAUAGAAAAGUAGACAAACUCGGUGUGUUGUAUUUCUGCCGUCAGUUUGCCUCGUGAACAGGCAAAAAAAAAAAAAUUACAGAAAAUGUUGCCAUAUCUGUUAAAAAAAACAAACAAAAACAAAUUGGUUGUUUUCAAGUCAGGAAACAAAAUGGCCGCCUCCAGUUAAGUUGUAUUUGAGCUGGUUCUUCACAGCAGAGCUAGCUAGCUACUGUCCAAGUAUGUGAGCUUCACCAGCCGCAGUCAGAUGUGAGAGUGUACGAGAGUCAAGAAGAAGAAAAAAGACAACAGUUGUUUCAAAAAGAAAAAGGAAAGAAACACAGUUUUUACUCACAGUUGCUGCUGACAGCAGCCAUGUUGGUUGAAACCAGGGUCCAGUUCCUGUUAGCUAAUGAGUUCAGGUGGGAUCACCACCAGAAGGGGGCGUUACUCUUGUCGAGUUUGUGGACCCUGAGCAGGGACUGUGUAAAGUUCCCACGGUUCUUCUCUGUCCACCAGGUGGAGACACUUUUGAUGUUGAAAAGUGCUCUUAACUAAAUGAGUCUUUUGUCUAAAUCGAACACAUUGUUUUCCUACAGCAGUGAAAGUCCUUUCUACUGCCAUCACACUCACGGUUUUAUACCAACUCCGUGCUGGAGGGGUUCUUUAUAAUGACCUUUGACUACGUACUUUUUAGGGCAAAAAUGUAAGACUUUAUAUACAUUUUUUUAUUACACUCGGAGACAAAAAACCCAACCUGAUCCAGUCAAAUUAUAAACGUCUCACUUGAUUGAAGUCACCUGUGGAAACACUAAAAUAAUAAAAAGUCAGUGACAUUUUACGUCUGACUUUGAUCACUACUGAAUCGAGGGUUAACCUGAUGACCGUACCAGUUGUACGACUGUGUUACCAGUUGUACGACCUGCCUUAUUCACUGCUUUUUUCCCCAUUUUUAUCUAUUAAAAAAAUCAAAUCAAAUCCACUGAUUGUAGAUAAAACUAGAUCAAACCCUGAGUCCGUCGGACUCUUUGACCCACUGUCUUACUCUCAAACCACCAGCUCAGAUUUUAUCAAUUUGAAAUGAUGUUGAUGCUGCUGCUGUGCAGCCCCCCCCCCCCCCCCCUCUUACACCCACACUCCUAGAUUGUUGUCAAAACACUUUGUUUCUCUGCAAGUUGCUUUUUUUUUUCUUUUCACCGUCGGGCCUUGGACGUCCCUCUGCUGAUCUUACGUCGUCAUUAUUUACGAGACAAAGUCCAGAACCGUGUUUGUCCCACACAGACUAGAGAACCUGAAGACUUUACGUGUAGAAAUGUGAACUAGAAAGAUAGAAGGUACAGUGUGUUUAUAUGUAAAGAUGGGAAGCGUCGACCAUAAGACACUGGACACAUGCCAGACCUGUACAUAGACGUGACACACACACACACACACAGACACACAGACACGUCACUGCACCAGAUAGUUUUGUAUGGAGUCUCUAUGGUCUUGGCUGCAUGCUGCUUGUUGUCCUACACUGUACAUAGAUGUUAAUUUAUUUGACACGACGUGUAAAUGAGCCGUCAUCGUCGGAGCCGACGCCACGAUGACGGCGUUCAUAUGUUGCCAUUUUCCCUCCGAGACGAGCAGUAUUUUCUAGAUGAUGAGGAGCCACGGCUGCACGCUCUCAUUUGUAAAGCUGUUAAAAAGUGUGUUUAUAUGAAAUUUAAAAAAAAAAGAAAAAAAGAAAAGAAAAAUCCAUGCAAAUGGAAGAACGUGAACUGCUGUAUUUGUUGGUGAUUCCUCUCGAGGCUUCUUCAUCGUCACCAGGGUCGAGGUGGGGGGAGGGGUCGGAGGGUCAGGGGUCGGGGGGCGUUGUCUAUUUCAGAGAGGCUCCUGAAGCUGUAAUCCUGUUUGUACAUUUGUGAAUGUGCAUGACAAAUACUGUGGUUGUUACAUCCGUCGUGGUGAAACCGUCUCUGCAGACAGAAGCACUUUGACAUACUGUACCUGGGAAGAGGAACCGGCCUCCAUCUGGACUGUAUAUAUAUAUAUAUAUAUAUAUAUAUACACAUGAAGUUACAGUCCAACUGAUCUGAGAUCUGCUUUUUACCCAGCAUUCUCUGGGGCUUCUCUCUUGGAGAAUCAUUUGUACCGACCAGAACCUGUUCCCAGACGUUCAGUAUGUGAAACCUGCAGACGGUGACGUAAAAACAGGGUUGAUCUUGUACAGUCUCUGUUGGAGAGUUGGUCGUUGUCUCCUCCAUGGUGAAAUCAUAAAGGCUCAUUUCUGUUUCUACUGCUCGCAGAAAGCCCUUUGAUGUUGAAGUGGUUGUCAUGUCUGUAUCUCUCUCUCUCUCUGUGUUGUUUGUAGCCUCUCUCUCUCUCUCUCCUAGUCAACUAAAUAGUACAUGUAGUUCAGUAGAUAAAUGUCCCUCUUUGAUACGAUACAAAAUGCAUUGUGGAUAAAUGUCAAGAGACAAAGAAAGAAAAAUGUCUUACAGUCAGAACCAUCCUCCUCCUCCUCUUCCUCCUCCUCUUCCUCCCUCUGUGACUUGCUUUUAUCUGGUAAUUUGUACGUCAUGUGUAUGACAAAUAAUUUUUCCUGAUGGUAUUUGUAUUUCUGUAAACACUUUGGUGAUUCUGUCAUAUUUGGGUUUUAUAAACCACCGUUAUUUUUAAAAGCCACUCUGCCUCUUGACUCGGUUUUUUUUUAAUUCUGAUUUUAAUAUUUGUACAGACUUAACUUUGACACUACAUUCAUGAGUUAAUUCACCUCAACAUCACUCUGACAGGCUCCACAGUGGGCGGUGAGAUUAACCAGCUCUGGGGGGUGAAAAAAAAAGUUUUGAUUUAACUCAAUUAUUCCUGAUUAAUUGUGUGAUCCAUCCACAGCGACUCGGUGAGAACCAGGAUUUAAGAAUCUAAAUUCAAACAUGUACUUGAAACAAAACAAUUUCUUUGUCCUGCCCUGUGAAGCAAGGCACUGCCCCCGGUGGUCACACAGACUAGUACACUAGUAAACAGAGGUGCUACAAACCCUGUGUGCCGUUUGUGUGAACCAAACAACCGUCCAGUCAACUGCAGUCUACGAAGGUCACAACUGUGUUGUUUAUUUUAUGAUAACUGAUACAGGAUAAAUGUUAUACAUUCUAUUUUAACACUGAUAUUCUGUUUUUAUUUUCAAUGUCAGUAUGAAAAAAAAAAUACGAUUCAAAGUAAACAUUUUGGUGAAAUCAUGAACAUGAUACAUAUAUUGACUGCUUCAUUAUUAUUAAACCAAUUACAAAUGAAGAACUCCUGGUUUCCCCCUGUGAUAACUUGUUUCGCUACAACACAAAAAAAAAAAACAAACAAACAAAAAAAAAAAAA